AUGGACAAGAUAUUUAAUAUCACGAACGAAGAAUUAAAAGAUUUAAAUCUUGUUCAAUACAAGAAGAAACUUUUUCAACACUUUAAUAUACAACAAAAUCCUCACGAGAAAUCAGCCAUUGCUCUUCAUUUGGAGUGUGCAGUUUUGCCUUCUACUCAAACACUUUUAAUAUAUCCACCUAGACAUGACGGAGAGGUAAUUUCAGAAACAUCACAACUCAUUGGAUUAUGGAGGAAGAGAUUACUCUGCUUUUUAUACUUGUUAUAUGUAGAUAGUUUAUAUCCGAUCCUUUCCCAAAUUCAGUACCAUCUUAAACAUCACAUUGUUGUGAGUUAUUCCUCGAGUAGUAGCAACAGUUCGACCAUAAACCCUCCUGUUUUAAUUUGGAGUGGAGCCCAACAUUAUCCUCCUGAAAGAAAAAUUUGUAUACUUGUGGAAUUGUUUUUCCUUCUCCGAUUGUUCUCUCUUUCAUUUUCUCUAUUCUCUUCGACGGAACUAGUUUUAACACAAGACAUUUCAGAUUACAUUUCAGAAUCCAAUACUUCAAAUCAAGAUAUUCUGUGGAUGAAGAAUGAAACUUUGCAUUCUCUAUUUUCUCGUGCAGAAUAUAAUGAUGAAAGCAAACUCUCUCAAUUCAUAAUAUUAACCAUUUUAUCAUAUCCUAAUUUUCUAUCGAAACUUCAUGAAAUGAUCACACAACACGAAUCUUAUUCAUUGAAAGGCAUGAGAAGUCACGGUCUCUAUCCCAAAUUACUCAAUGACAAACAUUUUUUACCUUCUAUUCACACAUUCAGACAUGGCCAUACCAAGUCAUUAAGUGAAUUGAUGACUUUGCAACCAAGCCACUAUGCAUUUGAGGAAUCUUUGUACUUUAAUCAACAACAACCAAAUAUUAUGGCUGGAACAACAACUAACAGUUCUCAAUCUCCAUUAUCUAGAUUUGAGACAAAAUUUUUCCGACCAACACCUCCAAUGUUGGAGUUUAAUCCGGACUUUGAGCUCAUGUGGAUCAAUGAUGUCAACACUUAUUCAAGUUCUCAAUAUAUUGGACAAAUGAAACAAAAGCCUUCUGAAUAUCAUUUGGAUACGGGAUUUGAUAUUGAUUCUACACAUUUAUUUUGUUUGUAUGAGUUGAACUCGUCUAAUAAGGGAGGUUUCAUGAGUUCGAAUCAUCAAAGAGGACAAACAUCGACACCUUUCAGUCAAUCCUCUGAAACAAGCCAAGCUGUAGGAGACUCAGGAGGCGUAGUUUUGAUGAAACGAGGUAAAACAAAUCAAGAGAACGAACUUAACGAGCUAUUUUCCAAAGCGUUUAAACAGCAGCUUCAACCAGUACAAACCAAAAAUCUCAUUCAAAAUUUUGACAAAAUUACCAUGUUUACAGAAUUAUUGACACCUAACAGGUUGACAGAUUUAGUCAAAAACAACCGAGAGCUGGCAAGCAAGUGCUUACAAGUACUUAUUCAUACGAACAACAAGCGUUUAAACGAGUACAUGUCAGUACUGGUGUCUAUUCCCGUUUCUUUGCAACUAUUGGAAGUUGUAAAUACUCUCCUUAACAAGUCUGAUGCUGUGACCACCAAUUUAUUUACUCAAAACUUGGAAGAUUCUAAAAGCUCAUCCUUCCUUCAUACACUAUUGCGAAAUUGCAUGGCACACUGUAAUCAGUCCGCUCAAGACCCACCAUCUCAAACCAGAAAAGUUAGAUUGGUUUGCGUUUUUGUUCAGAGAUUAAUUAGAGAAGAAAUCCUCACUGUAAACCCUGAAGACUUUAUAUUUUUGGAAUUGCAAAGUUUUUGCAUUGAAUUUGUGAAAAUCAAAGAAGCAGCAGAACUUCACUCGCUACUUUUGGCAAGGAAAUAA